CGGUAAUGCUGCCGUAACAGUCAAGUUUGUGUGUAGCAGCAGCAGCAGCAGCAUAAGCAUAAGCGGUACCUUCUACUGACUGACUGUGUCUGGCAGGUAGAAUAAAGAAGAAGAAAAAAAAAAGCUUGCUGUUAUCCCGGAUACCUAACGGUUUGAAACGAAUUUGUGACGGCGUACCGUCGGUCCUGAGCCAGUGUAAACCGGAGCUGGAAUGCGAACGUAGCCGUUAGCAAGUGAGCCAGGCCGAGGGGAGCUGGCCGGCCGUAUCCCUCGCCCAGAGGGGAGCAUAAAUGUUUCACACAAACCAGUUUGCAAAGUUGGUCGUCGACGCCGGAGAGGAUGCGCAAGGACGUGAGGAUAUUAUUAGUGGGAGAGCCCAAGGUGGGGAAGACGUCUCUCAUCAUGUCCCUGGUCAGCGAGGAGUUCCCAGAUGUGGUGCCCUACCGAGCUGAGGAAAUCACCAUACCUGCAGAUGUCACGCCAGAGAGAGUCCCCACACACAUUGUGGAUUAUUCAGAGGCAGAGCAGACAGAUGAGCAGCUUUUUCAGGAGAUCUCCAAGGCAAAUGUGAUUUGCAUUGUCUACUCUGUCAACAACAAGAAGUCCAUAGAAAAGGUGACCAGCCACUGGAUCCCCCUCAUCACUGAGAACACGGACAAGGACAGCAGGGUUCCUCUGAUCCUGGUGGGGAACAAGUCGGACCUGGUGGAACACAGCAGCAUGGAGACCAUACUGCCCAUAAUGAACCAGUACAGUGAGAUAGAGACGUGUGUUGAGUGUUCAGCAAAGAACCUGAAGAACAUCUCAGAGCUGUUCUACUACGCCCAAAAAGCCGUUCUGCACCCCACCGGCCCCCUUUACUGUCCAGAGAAAAAAGAUAUGAAGCUGCUUUGUGUAAAAGCUCUCACUCGAAUCUUCAAAGUGUCAGACCUAGACAAUGAUGGGAUUCUUAAUGACAAUGAACUCAACUUCUUCCAGCGGACAUGCUUCAACACCCCACUAGAGCCUCAGGCAUUAGAGGAUGUAAAAAAUGUGGUGAGGAAGAAUUUGAGUGAUGGAGUGUGUGAUAAUGGACUCACUCUUAAAGGUUUCCUGUUCCUCCACACCCUGUUCAUUCAGCGUGGUCGCCAUGAAACAACCUGGACAGUGCUGAGGAGGUUCGGAUACGAUGAUGAUCUGGAGUUAAAUCAGGACUAUCUCUUCCCGCCAUUGAAAGUUCCCCCAGACUGCACCACAGAGCUCAACCACAAUGCCUACCUCUUCCUCCAGAGCGUCUUUGACAAACAUGACAAGGACCGUGACUGUGCCUUGUCACCAGAGGAGCUGAAGGACCUGUUUGAUGUUUUUCCCUACAUGCCCUGGGGUCCUGAUGUCAAUAACACAGUUUGCACUAAUGACCAUGGCUGGAUCACCUACCAGGGCUAUCUCUCUCAGUGGACGCUAACAACAUAUCUUGACGUCCAACGAUGCCUGGAGUAUUUGGGUUACCUUGGUUACUCAAUAAUUGCUGAGCAGGAGUCCCAAGCAUCAGGAAUUACAGUGACCAGAGAUAAGAAGAUUGACCUGCAAAAGAAGCAGACCCAGCGCAGCGUCUUUCGCUGUAAUGUCUUUGGAGACAUUGGCAGCGGCAAGAGCAGUUUCCUCCAAGCUUUCCUGGGUAGAAACCUCAUGCGCCAAAAAAUGAUUAGAGAGGAACACAGGUCCUACUAUGCCAUCAGCACAGCAUAUGUUUACGGCCAGGAGAAGUACCUUCUUCUUCAUGAAGUGUUCCCUGACUUUGACUACCUGUCUGAUGCUGAUAUGGCCUGUGACAUUGUCUGCCUGGUCUAUGAUGUCAGCAACCCUUACUCCUUUGAAUACUGCACCAAAGUCUUCAAGCAAUACUUCAUGGACAGCAAGACACCAUGUAUGAUGAUAGCAACGAAGUCAGACCUGCCAGAGAUCAAACAGAUGUAUGGCUGCAGUCCUCUGGAGUUCUGUAGGAGGCACAAAAUGCCACCUCCCCAGUCCUUCACCUGUAACACAGCAGUAGCACCAUGCAGAGACAUCUACACCAAGCUUACCACCAUGGCCAUGUACCCGCAUGUAAGCCAAGCAGACCUGAAGAGCUCGACCUUCUGGCUCAGAGCAAGUGUUGGGGCCACAGUGUUUGCUGUGCUGGGCUUCACCAUGUACAGAGUGCUGCUCAAGCCACGGUGAUUCUCAGGCACUCGGCUCCAACUUCCUUUACCCAUGGUACAUAUAAAACUAUUUUGACCAGUCACAACAUUAGGUUUUUCUUUUUGCAUUAAGUAAAUGAAAGAUUUAUGGAAAAUCAGUCAUGGUUUUGUAGUUUAAUAGAAAAAAUGUAUUUUGUGUUCAAGGGAAGAAAAUGUGUGCAAACCUACUUAGCACACAUACUUUUUGCAUUUUCAUUCCACUGUCAUUUUCUUUUUUCUUCUAGGGGAUAAAAGACAAAAAUAUUUAAUUUUGUACCAAAAUUGCUAAUUUGCUUAAUCUGUCUGUCUGCAAGUAUUUGCAAAGUAAAGUAAUAUAUUUAUAUUUGUAUAAAAAAAUGAUUGUAAGCUGCUGGUGAGCUGUAGUGAGAUACAUAUGAGUGAGUUACAAAUAUAGCUAUUUUUUUGGUUGCUUGUUGAUUUGAAAUGAUGAACAACUUUGUGUCUCUUGAAAUAGGGAUUGCGAUGAGUGAGGUACGCCAUAGAAUUGAUGCUUUUAUUAGACUGAACAAUAUGUAAAUGAUGUAUAUAACAUAGUAGACUGUACAUUUGUUGGUCCAAAAGGGGCAUGCCUGACUCUCACCAAAAGCCAGGUCAUGAACUUGCACAAGCAUUAGCCUUGAUUACUCACAUGGACAGAACAUUGGUUUGUCAGUGGCCAAAACGCUUGGAUGCACAUUUUAAAUUUUUUUUAUUUUGUCAAGUCUGUACAUCUGAGCAUGUCAGUGUUCGAUCAGUGGAACUGAAUGCGUGGAAUGAAGGCUGUCUCUCCACUCUCUCUCUCUCUCUCUCUCAUCUUCAUAUGUCGAUCACUUUAUUUGUCAGGUUGUGUGUGCGUGUGUAUGUGUUUAUAAGCUAAGAUAUCAAAAAUUUACACUGCACAGCCAUCUUGUACAUUUUGUAUGUGCAUGCUUCAGAAUUUCCGACCACACUCCAGUAUUUUAAGACUUCCUUUCCAAAAAAUGACCACGUCAACUUCUCUACAUUGCUCGACAGCUCAGAGUAAUCCAGGGUUGUAGUGAAGUUUAUUGACAGGAGUGCUAAACAGACGAUAGUUGAGUCUUGAGUCACGGUGAGGUUUGACGGUCAUUUGAUCCCUGUUGUGAUUCCAAGUCAUCUCUCCUACAGAACAUGCAAUAACGUGGCCCCAGAUGUUAAUUUCCAUAUAGCUGUAACUGCUUGCAACCAGGUUCAGUUUGAUGUAUUCACUCAGCCCUGCCUUUCCAAAAGUUUACAAUAAAGAAAUAUGUCUAUUA